AUCCAAUUCUCAACACGGGUACAUGGAAAAUAAAUGACCCGGCCCUUACCCGAAUUUGUAACCGGUCGGUCGAAAGUUGUUACCAUCUUCUUCGAUUCAGUCUGUUAUGUAUAAUUUUAGAGGAAACAAAUAGAGAAAAUUCGAAGCUGCGAUGAAAAACAAAUACAAUCUUCGAUCUCUUCUUCUCAUAUCAUCUCUUCUGCUGUUGAAUCUGAUAGUAAUUACAAGAGCUGAUGUUAUAACCCUAACAGCCGAUACUUUCAAUGACAAGGUGAAUGAGAAAGACACGGCGUGGUUUGUGCAGUUUUGUGUUCCUUGGUGCAAGCACUGUAAGAAUUUGGGAUCAUUGUGGGAGGACCUAGGGAAGGCAGUGGAAGGGGAGGAUGCGAUAGAGAUUGGACAAGUUGAUUGUGGUGCGAGCAAACCAGUAUGUACCAAAGUUAAUAUUCAUUCAUAUCCUACAUUCAAGCUCUUUUAUAAUGGAGAAGAAGUUGCAAAAUUCCAAGGGCCCAGGGACGUAGAGUCACUCAAAACAUUUGCUUUGGAAGAAACAGAAAAGGCAGCAGCGAAAACACAGAUUGACAAUGGUAAAGAGUUGUAAUUUUCUGUCAGUUUUGAUGCUCCAAGUGGAAGCAGAAUGGUCGUUAGCCCCCUAACAUUGAAAGCAGGAAAUCAACGAAAGGGACAUUCUUGGUCGGUCAUUGAUUUGAAAAUCCUAGCUGAUAUUUUGGCAAUGUUCCUGUUCUUUUUGUCCUGAGGGUUCUUUGAACAAGUGAAUCCCGUUUUAACAGAACUAAGCUUUAGAUGAGAGCAUUUACCAAAUGGAUUACUAAUUUAUCAUGUUAAUGAGAAAUUUUGAUAUCAGUCUUCAGUGUGCAUAAUUCUGCACUGUGCUCUACCUGCAAAAGGUUCUGAUAUUAUUGUUACAGGUUAUUGAAAAUUUAUUAUGAGAUUAUUGCGAGACCAAUAGCCUAGCAAACUUGCCCUUAACCUUGGUUAUAAUGCUGUUGUCAAUUCUGAUGAA